AUGAACAACGCAGAGUUUCGAAAGUUCAUCGCUUCGAAGGCUAAGGCCGAAGAUGGCUCACCUCCUGCUUCUAAAGGAGGCCAGACGCCUGCGCUGGGUGCGAAGAAGUCGAGCUUCGUGGGCAUGACACCGCGACCGGGCAAGGCGGUAGGCGGAAAUGACUUUGCACGGCAGGUGAGAGAGCAGCAUGCUGCGCUGAAGCCCAACAAGAAAUUCAGAUCAUCUGCGCCGAAGGGGAGCAAGUUCUCAGCUGGAUACACCGACCGCGCGAAAGCAAGGCAGGAGGCCCAGGACGAUGAGGACGACAAGGCGAAGCGCAUUACAGCGUUGGAGGAACAGGUGAAGCUGGGUCAGCUGGAGCAAGAAACGUUCGAGAAGCUGAGAGAUCAGAUCAUCGGCGACGAUGCCAGCGCCUCAUACCUUGUGAAGGGCUUGGACCGACGGCUGCUUGAGCGGACAAGGCGAGGGGAGGAUGUACUGGGUCUGAAAGGUGGAGAGACCGGUGAGGCGCCUCCCGAUGUUGACGAUGAGUUGGAGAAACUGGGAGAGCAGGAAGUCGAGACAGUCAAGAAGGAGAAGGCGGAGAAGAAGGGGACAAAGGCGCCGGCGCAAGUCGCAGGUGUGAAGAGGUCAAGAGAUGAGAUCAUGGCCGAGCUGAAGGCACAGCGGAAAGCAGCUCAAGAGGCGAAGGCCGCGACUGCGCCCACACUAGACAAUCGAUGGCGCAAGAUUGGCGAAGAGACAAAACCCAAGAUUGAGAUCGAUCACAAAGGCCGCGAGGUGCUGAUUACAGUCGACGAGAACGGUGUGGUGAAGAAGAAGGUGCGGAAAGUCGCAGAGCCUGAGAAGGUUGCGGCGGAUAUGCCAGACGUCAGCAAGCCAGUGUUGGGUGCGGAUAUCGUGCUUCCGGAGCAGAAGAAGCCGGGACCGGACGCUGAGAAUGACGACGGUGACGACAUCUUCGAGGGAGCUGGCACGGAAUACAAUCCUUUGGGUGACAUGGACGACGACGACGAUGAUGACGAUGGCGAUAGUGACGACGGAGAUGUUCCACAGUCUACGACGAAGACACCUUCUGCAGAACGGGAUGAUGAUGGCUCAGAGUCUGGCCAGGCAAGUGAAAACGAUGGACCGCUCGAGAAGGCUGAGCCUGCUCCGGCGGCGUCUGCACCCAAUGCGUCGCGAAAUUACUUCGGAAGCAAGACCAGUGCAGAAGAGGAGGCGGAACAAGACCGUUUCAAAGGCGUGGAGAACGUCAUCGCGAAGGCCGCAAAACUGGGCACGACGGCACCGGAAGACGACCACCGAGAAGACGAGACAGACGCAGACCACAAAGCUCGAUUGGCAAAACGCGCUAAGAUGCUUGCCAACCAGGACCGCGACAUGGAAGAUAUGGAUAUGGGCUUUGGUGGAAGCCGUGGUGAGGACGAGGAAGAUUUGGGCGAGGACAAGAAAAUCAAGCUAUCGGAAUGGAAAGGUAAAGCUGGGUUUGGUGACGAAGACGAUGCUGAAGGUGGCUCGAAAGGCGAUGGCAAGAAGAAGCGUAAGCCCAAGAAGAGAAAGGGUGACGCUAACAAUAUGUCCGAUAUCAUGAGGGUCAUCGAGGGACGGAAGGGAGGAAGCAAAUGA